AUGCCCAGAGGAUAUUUUUAUGAUAGAAAGAAUGACUUCUAUGAAUUGGGCAUAAACUUUCCAUUUUCCUCACAAGUUCUUGUUGAUGGAGAGGUUUUUCUAGAAGAUGGUACAACUCCUACGUAUGCAAUAUUUGAUUGCCUGAUAUAUGAAGGUACUUCCCAGGUAUCCAAGAAUUUAUAUAAAAGACUUGGAUAUGCACAGAUGUUUGUGGAAAAGAUGAAUGAGAACAUGGAAAAGAUCAAGGUUUUGAGAAAAGAAGGAGAGGACGGGUUUGGAGAAAAAAGAGUUCCUAUUGAGGCAGGUACUCAAGGGCUUGAUCGCACACAUAUACAUUUCUAUACUAAAGAGAUGAUGAAAAGCUACGGCUUCUGGGAAAUAUACAAAAAGAUUCCGGAAUUGAAGCAUGGGAAUGAUGGGCUGAUUUUUACACCUGCAAAUGAACCUUAUUCUGUGGGUAGAAGGGGGACAGUGCUUAAGUGGAAGCCUUCAUCAUUGAACACAAUAGACUUUAAAGCUGUGAAGAAUGAAAGAUUGAACUAUGUAUAUGACUUGGUCUGUAGCGGAAAGAAAGGGAAGGAUGUUGUGUUUGACCACUUUUUCUGUGAAGAUGAAGAAAUAGAUGGGAAGAUAGGCGAGUUCACAUACGAUAGUGACGGAUACUACUGGGACUUUGAUGAGCUUGUGCUGAAGAGAGGUGGGUGGAAAUUAUAUAGGAUAAGGACAGACAAGGAUACGCCAAACAAUAUAAAGAUAGUCUGUAAUAUACUAGAAAGUCUCAAAGACAAUCUGACCAUUGAGAAGCUUUGCACCUUUUACAACAUCAUGCGAGAGAACAGUAAGAAUAGGGAGAGAAUGAAAAGGUAA